AUGAGUUUGAGGCACAUGAGCAGAAUCUGCCUUAGAGCAUUUCAAUGGCUAAAAGGUCACAACUCUAAAGGGAUCGUCAAGCCUUCUCAGGCAAGACCCAAAUCGGAAUCCGAACAAUCAACUGAUGUUAGAAGAGUUUCCGGUAUGGUCGUAGAGACGGCAAAGAAGGUUAAGGUUGAUGAAAAACAGAGGAUGAGGAGGGAAGCUGAGAAGGCCGAAAAUAAUGAUCAAGCAUAUGGUUUUGGUCUUAUGAAUUGA